UACCCACACAGUGACACACUACACACAACACUGAGUAUACAAACAACCCGAGGAGAAAUAUUGCUAAGUUUUAUGUACAGACUAAUGACCCUUCACUAAUCACAAAAACUUUCACAGGUAGACACAGAAUUAUGCCAGCAUAAAGUCACACCCACCUUACCUGGACAUACUACGCAAUUUCUUAACAGAACAAACCCUCACAGAUUAGUGCACUUAUACGUACACAGUUAGUUGUGUUGCUUCUUUUAUACAAAACCAUAUGGGGACAGAAGAGGAUUUACUGAAAAUGUGCAGGAGGCUGGAGAAGCGGAUCAGCGAGCAAAGCACGGAUCGUAUUCUGGAUCUGUUAAAGGAACUGCAGAGAUUUCAAAUGACUGUCUCCCUCCUGAGGAGCACUAGGAUUGGAGUGACUGUGAAUAAAUUAAAGAAGCAAAGCAAGGUCCGAGAGAUUGGAGAACUUGCCAAAGUCAUCAUAAGGGAUUGGAAAAGUCUGCUGGAAUCCUCAUACAAGAACAAUGGAGCUUCAGCUGGUGCAGUUAUGCAUUCUCCCACCAAGGCUGAACCUGAAAAAAAGCAGAAAGAAGAAAAGAAGUUACAUUUGAAAAGGCUCCCCCCUGCUACACAUAAGAAUGUACACACUGAGAAAGGAAGUGACUGCCCUGAAAGUGAUUCUCCAACUCAGAACCAACAAAAGACUUCCAAGGACUCAAAGCUGAAACGAAGCCAUUCAGCUGAUGUUCAGUCUUCAUCCCAUAUUUCUAAGAAGCUAGAAAGGCGACUCUCUUUAAACACUUCACUGCCAUCAUCAUCUGGUUCUAAAGCUGUCAGUAGCAACAAAGAGGAAAGGAGAAAUUCCAUGUCUUCACCAACUUCGUCAGGUCGUAAUGGAUCCAGCACUCCUUCUACAAACAGCAAAGAGAGACAUUCCAUGUCUUCUCCAACUUCGUCAGGUCGCAAUGGAUCUAGCAAGCCUUCUACAAACAACAAAGAGGAAAGACCCAGUGCUCCAUUGUCAUGUUCCCCCACUUGUAGUAGUCCUCCUUCAUCUGCUCUUCUAUCAACCUGUUAUGUGACAGGUGAUUCUGUGAGAGACAAGUGUGUAGAGAUGAUAGCAUCUGCCCUGAAAACUGAUGACGACUAUAAAACUUUUGAUGAAAACUGUGAGAAAAUUGCAUGGGAAAUAGAAGAAUGCAUAUACAAAGAAAUGAAAGCCACAGAUAUGAAGUACAGAAACAGGAUCAGGAGUAGAAUUAGUAACCUGAAGGAUCCAAAGAAUCCCAAUCUUAGACGUAACGUACUGAGUGGAAUGGUAUCUCCACAGAACAUGGCAACAAUGACAGCUGAGGAAAUGGCAAGCGAUGAACUGAAGGAACUUAGGAACACACUGACAAAAGAAGCUAUCAGAGAACAUCAGAUGGCAAAGACAGGAGGCACUCAGACAGACUUACUGCAAUGUGACAAAUGUAAGAAGAAGAACUGCACCUACAACCAGGUGCAGACACGCAGUGCAGAUGAGCCAAUGACAACUUUUGUGUUAUGCAAUGAAUGUGGACAUCGUUGGAAGUUCUGCUGAUCUAUGGCUCCCAGUGACAUGAAUGGUCUUCCCUGCUCUGUAAAUAUCCCAGGAUCAACACUGUUUGCUUCAAGCUCGUCCUUCUCUCACACUUUCAUCCGUAUAUUUACCCAUCAAGUCUAUUGCCUAUGUUUUAUAGCUUUUUUUAUAGAGAAGAGUGACAUAACAUUUGUAGAGAUGUAAUUACCGUAUAUGGAAAUGGUGACAUAUGAGGUGGUACAGCUGCAGUCACAGAUAUCAAUUGAUUGAUUUUUUUGUAUCUCUAUGUAUAUUCCAAAUGUGUUCUCACCCUCCAAGACGUAAUGGCGAGUUUACCUGGGGCAUAGUCGGGCCGAUUAUCAGGAAAGAGCGUUGUUCCCAAUAAUCGGCCCUUGUAAAUGUGUCACUGAUCACUUAAUGAAUGAACCAAAUGCCCAUUCAUCGGGUGAAAUGGACAUUUAUGCAGACACCUAAAUCAUCUGUAUGACGACUAAAUAAAUCUGUAUGAGGAUGAGAGAUGGCAGUAGCCAUCGCUCGUCCCCGUGCAGUGGAGGAGAAUGCUGCCUGUAUGUAAAUGUAACUCUCAACUCCUCUGAUGAGCAGGCAGUUAUUGGGAAGGAACGGUCUCUUCCCAAUAAUUGCCUGCUCAGUCAGCACGUGUAAAUGAGCCUUUACUUUUGCAUACACUGAAAAGGAGCCUUUUAUCUUCAUCUGUGUCUAUAGGCACAGUAAUCAGUGCAACCAUUAAUUGCUUCACACCAUAGGAAAUAAAGUUUGGAUACAAAAUCUUGAAUGUCUUUUAACCCCUUAAGGACCCUGCCAUAUUUCACAUUAAGGACCAGGCCAUUUUUUGACCAGUGU